AUGAAUAGAACUCUACUAGGACAAGCCUAUUGUAUGCUAUUAUUUGCAGGUCUUGGUCAAAACUUGUAGGUAGAAGUAGUGUCUACAACUUGUCAUAUUGUGAAUAAAUCUCCAGCCUCUGCUACUAACUUCAAAACUCUUGAAAAAGUCUGGUUAAGUAACCUUCCUGAUUAUUCAAAUUUAAAAAUCUUUGGUUAUCCAGCAUAUGUCCAUGUAAAUGAUGGCAAGUUGGAGCCUAGAGCUAAAAAGUGUAUCUUCUUUGGUUAUGCCUCCGGAGUCAAAGGAUACAAGUUAUGA